GCAGUUGUAAGCGCACGCUCUCCACCGCGAGUUCAUCCUCUCCAGAAUUUAUUCUUAAAGAAAUAGUAGCUAUUCUAUAUUUAAAUUGAAAGUUUUAUACACAUCUUUAAACAUGGGAAAACUAUCACAACAUAUGCUUUCGGAUAUAGAAAAGUUGCCGGGUGUACAAUUGGGUGACUUCUUGCUGCAGUUCGAAUUAGAUGAGCCCAGAGAGUCUGUGAAGGAGAUCGCCAGGCGCGAACUAAGAGAAACGCCAGAAGUCAUCAAACCUGCAGUCGAGGAGCUGAGAAGGCUACUUGAAGAUGAUAAAGACUUACACGUACCCCUGGAUAGCGACGCUUGGCUUAUUCGCUUCUUGAGACCGUGCAAGUUCUAUCCUGAAAGUGCCCAUGAUCUGAUAAAACGUUACUAUGCCUUCAAAGUAAAGCAUUACAAACACUACGAUGGUCUGGUGCCAAGCAAGGAGACUAAUAUAUUCAACCAGAACAUACUGACGGUGCUACCGACACGGGACCAGUACGGGCGGCGUGUACUUGUACUUGAAUUGGGCAAAAAAUGGAAACACAAUAAGUGCUCUUUGGAUGAGGUGUUCAAGGGUUGCGUAUUAUUCUUGGAGGCGGCCAUGCUUGAACCAGAAACUCAGAUUUGCGGUGCCGUGGUCGUUUUCGAUAUGGAUGGUCUGUCCAUGCAGCAGGUCUGGCAGUUCACACCUCCAUUUGCCAUGAGAAUAGUCGACUGGUUGCAGGAAAGCAUACCUCUUCGAGUAAAAGGAUUAUACAUAAUCAACCAACCUUAUAUUUUCAAUAUGGUAUUCCAACUGUUCAAGCCUUUCUUGAAAGAGAAGCUGCGCUCACGGAUUAUUUUCAUGGGUAGCGAUCGAGACCUGCUUCACAAACAUAUUUCACCCAAAUGCUUGCCAGACUGCUAUGGGGGUACAUUGUGUGUACCUCGGGUCACAGGUGCUCAGUGGCUGGAAUUGCUCCUAAUGUGUGAUCAGGAGUUUAGCGCAAUCAACUCAUAUGGAUACAAGAAAACGAAGUGAUUACCAACAAUCAAUAUCAACAAUUUGUGCAUAUGUGAUGGUUAAAACAUAUCGUGAUAAACUAUACAUGGAAAAUGUGAUUUUAAAUUUAAUUCUAUAGGUACAAACUUAUUGUAGUAUACAUAUUAUGCCGGUUGCCUAGAGUAAUAUUAAAAUCGUGUUCUAAUCAGUUAAAUUUUAGAAACUAUUAUUGUACGACAAUUUUAUUUUACUUGCCACAUAUCGUAAAAAUAUGUUUCUUGCAACCGAUGCCUUAUUUAUAACUAUAUAUAUUUCUAUAUUUUGCAUUCCAUUUUGUAUUCUGAGCAAUAGUGCCAGUAAGACAAUUGUGUCGAUAAAUUUGAUGCAGUUGUUAUUUUUUUGGCACAGAAUCUCAAUUGCCAACUUUGAUUUAGAUAUUUUAGUUACAAAUCAUUUGCCAUUUUAUAUUAUACUUGGAUAGAUCCACAUAGUGAUCGAUAGUUAGUAAAGGGUAUAAGUAUAGUGCCUUUAAGUGUACUAGGUAUAAUUAAAGAAAUUGUAAUGUCGGUAUUUAAAUUGCUUGAAUAACAACAAUAUUAUAUUCUCAAUUUAAUCAAUUAGUUUAAAAUUAUUUUAUUAUUCAAUUAACUAUUUAAAAAAAAAACAACAAUUAAACGCAGUACUGGUACCUCUGCAGUCUCACAAUAUUAUAUUUCUUUCCUAUCUAGGCUGUGAUUUCAAAAAUAUCAUAAUAAUACUCAAUAAUAUAGUACAUAUAUGACAAUAAAAAUACCUAUACGCGGAAAUGACUUGCCGUAAUUUAAAUCAAAAUCUUCGAGAUUGUUAUUUAUUGUCAUAAAAACAAAAGCUGUCAUGAUAUUUUAUAAGGUCAUACUAUGCAGUUUAGCACAAAAUAAUUAUAUUAUUCGUACUUUAGCGAUGGUUUUUUUAUUACAUCAGGGACUAUAACACCUACCUAUGUGAUAACAUACGCAAGAAUCAUUUACAAAUAAUAAUACCAGGUAUUAUUAUGUGUUCCU